AUGUCCUCCACUGACCGGCCUGUCGUGCGCCGCGAUUUCACUGAAAAGACUCAUGCUACAAGUUAUCCCUUCAUUUCGCCACUGGCACAGGACCUUUCUGGACGGCGUGUGCUCAUCACUGGCGCUGCCCGGGAGGACGGCGUGGGCUAUGCAACUGCCACUGCCUUUGCUCGCGCUGGAGCAUCCGCAGUCGCUGUCAUAGACCUACAUGGCGUCUCUGAUGAUGUUGUUUCUCGAGUAAAGGCUGCGGCUGUAGAGGCAGGCCGGCCUGAACCUCAGGUAGUAAGCGGCCGUGUUGAUAUCUCUCGUUGGGAAAGCGUUGCGGCUUUCAAGGAGACCGUCUCGGAUGCCUUCGGGCAUCGAUUGGAUGUGCUCGUCAACAAUGCAGCACAUCAGGAGCCUUACAGUUCCAUCCUGGACGCAGACCCAGAUAUGUACUGGAAGACUUGGGAGGUCAACGUCCAUGGGCUAUUCAACAUGACGCGGGCGUUCCUACCUAUGCUGAUUGACACGCGCGCAAAACACGACGGCCAGGGCAUCAUGAUCAAUGUAGCCUCUUCCGGUGCUCUUAGUGUGCGAAAAGGCGGCGCAAGCUAUAGAACUUCCAAGCUUGCAGUACUUCGCUGGACAGAGGCCCUGAACCUAGAACACUGCAAUGACGGUUUGCUUGCUUUCUGCGUAAACCCCGGAGCAAUCAAGACCCAUAUGACGAUUAACGAGCCCGAGGAGGUGCGUAACAUGCUGCCACAUACGCCAGAAAUCGCAGGCGACACCAUCGCCUGGCUCGCUGCGGAACGAAGAGAGUGGACGGGCGGAAGAUAUAUUAGCUGUCCCUGGGAUAUGGAAGAGCUCAUGGGCAGGGAGGAUGAAAUAGUGGAAGGGAACAAGCUUAAGCUCAGCAUGGAUUUCUGA